AUGGUCCCCUGGAGAAGAGAGAUACUGGAGUUCCAGUCGUCCCUCUCGGCGGAGAGGUCAUCGAGAUCAUCGAUAUUGUGGAGGAAGGCAUCUCGAGCCCGGCUUGAUACAUGUCAACCUCUCUCUGUCGUACAAGGCUCAUCUGUGGUAUGUCUGCUCCCUGUGCUGAGAUGUCGCCGCUUUGAUAUCAUGGCGAGGCGUCGACUAAGCGCACGCUUUGAUUUCUUUCGAGGCAUUAACGGAUUUUCAGAUCUGCUGCUUGGCAGUGCCGUAGAAGGGAGCAACUCCGCAUCAAGGAUGGAUUCGGGAAUUUCUUUUGGGGGCUUUAGGCACUUGCAAGGAUGGGAAGUACUUCAGAUUAUUAUGCAGACACGGUGA